AUGGCAAACAAUUUACAAAUUGCCAGCGCCGCUUAUAUUGUUAUGCAUUUAUUAACAAAAAAAAAACAGUCAAGUAUUAAAAAGAGACGAUGGUGGACAACUCAAAUUUUUCGAUCAAGACAAAUAUACAAUGGCACAAGUAUGAUACGUGAUUUAAACUUUCAUACAGACUCUGGUCAGUUUGAAAAUUUUGCAAGAAUGUCACAAGAGGAUUUUGAACACCUUGUAUCGCUACUUACUCCAAUAAUAGCAAAGCAGACUACUCAUUUCAGGGAACCAAUUCCAGUUAAUGAAAGACUUGCAGUGACACUGAGAUUCUUAGCAACGGGUGAAUCGUAUACAAGCCUUCAAUACGUAUUUAAAAUUUCAAAGCAAUGUAUUUCAUUAAUAGUUCCUGAGGUUUGCCAAUCACUUAUUGAAGUGUUGAAAGAAUAUGUCAAGGUAAUUAUAAAUACUUUUAUAAAUAAUUCUAAAUAA